AUGCGUGUAAGAAUCAAUCAGCUUGUUCGUGAGCUUGGAUCAAAGAGGAAAGAGAUUGAUACUCUCACAUGGAUGAUGAGAGAAAGCAAUUUGGAGAUUGAAAAGAAAGAGAAGAAGCUUGAAGGAGUGAAGGACCUUGAGUCAAUGAAGAAGCAACACGAAGGGCAAGUGAAAAAGCUCGAGUCGAAAGAGAAGCAAUAUGAAGGGCAAGUGAAGGAGCUGGCUUCGAAAGAGAAGCAAUUUAAAGAACGAUCGAAUGAGCUCUCUUCAAAAGAGAAGCAACUUAACAAACGAUCGAAUGAGCUCUCUUCAAAAGAGAAGCAACUUAACAAACGAUCGAAUGAGCUCUCUUCAAAAGAGAAGCAACUUAAUGAACGACUGAAUGAGCUCUCUUCAAAAGAGAAGCAAUAUGGAGACCAAGUGAAGGAGCUCAAGUCAAAAGAGAGACAAUUCGAAGAACAAGUGAAGGAUAUUGAAGGCCAAGUAAAGGAGCUCGAGUCAAAAGAGAAGCAAUUUCAAGUUCAAGUGAACGAGCUUGAAUUAAUACAGAAGCAUUUUGAAGGCCAAGUAAAGGAGUUUGAUUCAAAAGAGAAGCAAUUUCAAGGUCAAGUGAAGGAGCUUGAGUCAAAAGAGAAGCAGUUUCAAGGCCAAGUAAAGGAGUUUGACUCAAAAGAGAAGCAGUUUCAAGGUCAAGUGAAGGAACUUGAAUCAAAACAAAAGCAUUUUGAAGGCCAAGUAAAGGAACUUGAGUCAAAAGAGAAGCUGUUUGUAGGCCAAAUGAAGGAUCUUGAGUCCAAAAAGAAUCAAUUUGAAGGGCAAGUGAAGGAACUUGACUUGAAAGAGGCACAAUUUAUAGUGAAACUAAAGGAGCUCGAGUCAAAAGAGAGACAGUUUGAAGGACAACUAAGGGAACUUGAUUUAAAAGAGAAGCAAUAUGAAUCAUUAAGAAAAUCAUUUGAAGAGGAAAAAGUGUUGAUCAAGAAGUCCAAUAUCCUCCUUCAUCAAGUAGAGACUGAGCAGCUGUAUUUUAAAGAUGCUGACAGUGUAAGCAACAGCAAGGAUUUACAAUUGCUUUUUAAUCUUCUGAAAAAAUAUGAGUUGCUGUGUAGUCAAGUCUCUGAUGUUCUUCACACAUCAGCUGACCCUGCUAAGUUGGUGCUAGAUACAAUAAAAGGUUUUCAUUCUCCUCAAUUGAGGCAAGAACUUAUUGAAUAUGAUGCAAAUAUUUUAAGGAGAAUAUGCAGUAGUUUUUUGAUGGAUGAAUUAAAGAAGUCUUCACCAGUAACUAGUUUGCAUGUGAAACAAGAAGCUAUGAAAUUGGCAAGUGACUGGAAGGUGAAUAUAGCUGCAGGUGAUAAGGAUUGUUUGGGGGUCCUAGAUUUUUUGAAGUUUGUUGCUACUUAUGAGAUUGGUUCAUCUUUCAAUGAAAAUGAACUUCAGAAUCUUCUAGACAUAAUUGCCCACCAUUGUCAGACUCCACAAGCCCUUGGUUGUAUUGAAAAACUACAAGAACAGCUGAUGAGAAUGUCACCACGUAUUGAACCUCAUGUAAGAGAAGAGGCAGUGAAGCUAGCACUUGAUUUGAGAGAAGAGGCAAUGAAGCUAGCACUUGAUCUGAAAGCUAACAUGAGAGCUAAUACUGAAAAUUCUUUGGUGGUUUUGGGUUUUCUACUGCUCUUGUCUGUUUAUGGAUUAGUUUCUUAUUUUAAUGAAGAUGAAGUUUUAAAGCUUUUUGAAUUUGCUGCACAACACAAGCAAGCUGUUUCGCUGUUUCGGACCCUUGGUUUUGUGGAUAAAAUCUCUGAUUUUGUUCAGAAUCUUGUCCAGAACCAGCAGCAUAUUGAAGCUGUUAGAUUCAUUUGUGCAUAUAAGUUGGCUUACAAGAUCCAACCAGUUGAUCUAUUGCGACAACAUAUGCUGAAAGCUAAACUGAUUUCCAAGAGAAUUUGCC